AUGCCGCGGAUAAUGAUAAAAGGCGGCGUUUGGCGCAACACUGAGGAUGAAAUCCUUAAAGCGGCUGUUAUGAAAUAUGGGAAAAAUCAAUGGUCCCGAAUAGCUUCCCUGUUGCAUAGAAAAUCAGCCAAACAAUGCAAGGCACGUUGGUACGAGUGGCUGGAUCCCAGCAUCAAAAAGACGGAAUGGUCACGGGAGGAAGACGAAAAGCUGUUACAUUUGGCGAAGCUCAUGCCUACCCAGUGGAGGACUAUAGCACCUAUUAUUGGGCGUACAGCUGCACAAUGCUUAGAACGCUACGAAUAUUUACUAGACCAAGCUCAGAAGAAAGAGGAAGGAGAGGAUAUGGGUGAUGAUCCACGUAAAUUGAAGCCUGGUGAAAUCGAUCCUAAUCCUGAAACAAAACCAGCAAGGCCUGAUCCCAAGGAUAUGGAUGAGGAUGAAUUGGAAAUGCUUUCGGAAGCACGUGCUCGCUUAGCUAAUACCCAGGGUAAGAAGGCGAAGAGAAAGGCAAGGGAAAAGCAAUUAGAAGAGGCAAGAAGGCUUGCUGCAUUACAGAAGAGGAGGGAGCUUAGUGCCGCUGGUAUUGCGGUGCCAAUGAGGCGUAAGAAAAAGCGUGGUGUAGACUACAAUGCUGAAAUCCCGUUUGAAAAGAAACCAGCUGCUGGAUUUUACGAUACUUCAACUGAAGUGGUAGACCCGAUGGCGCCGGAUUUCUCCCGCCUCCGUCAGCAACAUCUUGAUGGGGAAUUGCAUUCAGAAAAGGAAGAGCAAGAGCGUAGGAAGGAUAAGCAGAAGUUGAAACAGCGUAAAGAGAAUGAUGUGCCACAAGCAAUGCUACAAGGAGAUCAACCUGCACGUAAACGAAGUAAACUGGUGCUUCCUGAACCACAAGUGUCUGAUCAGGAGCUGCAGCAGGUGGUGAAGCUGGGGCGCGCGUCGGAGGCGGCGCGGUCGAGCGCGGGCGCGGCGGGCGCGGCCACCGACGCGCUGCUGGCCGCCUACGCGCUGGCGCCCGCGCCCGCCACCGCGCUGCGCACGCCCGCCGCGCACCGCGACAGAAUACUAAUGGAAGCGCAAAAUGUGAUGGCGUUGACGCACGUUGACACCCCACUAAAGGGUGGUCUUAACACUCCACUUCAUGAAUCCGAUUUCUCAGGAGCACUGCCACAAUCGCAAGCCGUCGCCACUCCUAAUACGCUGUUAGUUACGCCUUUUAGAUCUUCUCACAGUGAAGCAUCCACUCCUAGUAAUUUUAACACGCCUGGCCAAGGACAGACCGGACAACCAGGAUUAACUACUCCUGCGCUCCGAGAUAAACUAAGUAUAAAUCCAGAAGAUCAAUUGGGACCAGGUGACACACCACAACUAGCCAACAAAAUGCAAAAACAGUUAAAAGCGUCCGUCCGAACUGCGCUUCAGUCGUUACCGACACCUCGUAAUGAUUACGAGAUAGUCGUACCAGAAGAGAGCGAUGAGCCGAUGGAGACCUCGAAUGCGAUCAACUCCAUCGAAGACCAAGCAGACGCCGACGCUCGUAUGUUACAAGAACAGGAGGAGAAACGCGCGGCGGCGCUGGCGCUGCGGUCGAGCGCGGUGCGGCGCGGCGCGGCGCGGCCGGCCGACGUGAACGCGGCCGUGCUGCGCGGCGCCGCCUCGCUCAGCGCGCUGCAGCACGCCGAGGAGCUGCUCAAGGCCGAGAUGCUCGCCAUGCUGCACUACGACGCGCUGCACGACCCGCCGCCAGGCAUAGACAAAAAACGAAUUGUUCAACUGCAAGCAUCACAUUUGGCCUAUCUUGAACAACAUCCAUACGAAGAAUUCACCGCCGAAGAGUUAUCUGAGGCUAAACAGCUCUUACAGAAAGAAAUGGAGGUAGUAAAGGCUGGUAUGGGACAUGGAGAACUCAGCUUGGAUGCUUACACCCAAGUGUGGGAGGAGUGUCUAGCUCAAGUACUUUUCCUGCCUGGCCAGAAUAGGUAUACACGUGCCAAUUUAGCGAGUAAAAAAGAUAGGUUAGAAUCGGCUGAAAAAAGAUUAGAACAAAAUAGAAAUCAUAUGGCAAAAGAAGCAAAGAAAUGUUCUAAAAUGGAGAAAAAACUUCGAGUAUUGACCGGUGGUUAUCAAAGUCGAGCAGCAUCGCUUAUAAAACAGUUUCAAGAGCUUCAAGAUCAAAUUGAGCAAGCUAAUUUGGAACUGUCUACGUUUAAGUUUUUAGCUGAACAAGAGAAGGCUGCAAUUCCGCGUAGAAUAGAGUCACUGACAGAAGAUGUGAAUCGUCAAACUGAUCGUGAGAAGCAACUUCAGAAGAGAUAUGCAGAGCUUCAAGCAGAAUUAGAAGAUAUUCAUAAAGGCAAGCAAUUAAAAGAGACUGAACCUAAGCCGGUUGAAGAAUAA